GUCUUUGUCGCCUGCCUUUGCCCAUUUGACGACAACCUUACACCCAACUCCCUCGCCGACAGCAACUUCAUCGACGACGACAACAACCAGCCAAAAUGCGGACGUACGACGACGCCUUCUCCGGCCAACGGAUUUACCCUGGCAAGGGUAAGAUCUACGUUCGUGGCGACAGCAAGAUCUUCCGCUUCCAGAACGGCAAGUCCGAGUCGCUGUUCCUGCAGCGCAAGAACCCCCGCCGCAUCGCCUGGACCGUCCUGUACCGCCGCCAACACCGCAAGGGUAUCUCUGAGGAGGUCGCCAAGAAGCGCACCAGGAGGACCGUCAAGGCGCAGCGUGCCAUCGUUGGCGCAUCUCUCGAUGUGAUCAAGGAGCGCCGGACGAUGCGGCCCGAGGCCCGCAGCGCCGCCAGGGCCGCCGCUAUUAAGGAGAGCAAGGCCAAGAAGGUCGAGGCUGAGAAGGCGAAGAAGGCCGAGAAGGCCAAGGCCGCCGGCGCCGCUGGCAAGGGCCAGACCGGCCGUCUGACGAGCAAGCAGGGCGCCAAGGGUGCCCCGGUGAAGGUCGCCGCCAAGAGCCGUUAAAGAGCAGGGUGCUGUCAUGAAAAAUUCUUGGGACGGAGUUCUUGUGCGUGUGGCGGGCGUCAAAUCCUUGGGAACAAGCGACGUGGAUCGAGAUCCAUCUUGGACACCUCGGUCACAACACAAGUCGUUGGCCCUCCGUUUUUGGCCAAGAUAGGCAUAGUGCGACGGCAGCAGCAGCUGUCGGCUCGCCCUCACCGGGACGGCGGUGGCGGCGGCUACGGACGGAGUCGGAACGGGUCUCCCUUUUCUUUUUGCCACGGUAUUUCCAAAAUUCAUGGGUUGGGGUCUUUCUUCAAACCAACGUGGCCGGUAGCAUGGAAUCAUUCAAACCAGGGACUGCGCGAUUUGCAUGGGUAGAUUUCGGAAUACUGCGAGAUUUUUGUGUUUUUCGUUGACGUGUACAGCUGUCGAGGGCCGCCUGCUCGCGUGACAUUAUAGAAUGCCCAUAUUUACACCCGCCAUGGCAUUUUACAACUUGGCGAGCACAGCCUCGGCGCCCGA